AUGUCAAAAAAGUGGUCAUUUAGAUCUAAAGGCAAGUCAUCUGGACCAAAAACUUUCUGGGAUAAUCGUGUUACAAGAGCAAUUGCUUCAAGAACCCUUUCAUUGAAAAGAGACAAAUUUGAUAAUGAUUAUAUUAGAAGACCAAGAAGAAUUUUAACUGCUAGAAGAAGAUUUCCACUUAGAAUUCCAAUUACUUCUAUAACAAUUCCUGAGAAUUUGGAAUGUGAAGAAAAUGUUGUUGUUGUUUGUGAACCAAGUAGUCAUAAAAUUGUUACUGGAGAUGAAUCAUAUGAAAAAAUUUGGCCUGCUCUUUCAAAUACUGAACAAAAUAUGCUUUUACCAAGUAAUAGGAUCCCAAAUAACAUGAAACUUAUUAAUGUAAAUCAUUUUCUCAAUUUCCGUCGUGAUUUUAUUUUUUCAAUUAAUAUAGCUGAAAAAAUGAUGCCACUUCUUGCUGUAUUAGAUGGAAUUGCUGCUAUCAAAGUUGAUAAAACAAAGCCUGAAGUGUUUGGUAACUUUUUAGAAUUCACAGAUAAUUUAUCAAAAGGUUCUCUAACAAAUGCUUCUAUCAAACCACUUUUAUCUCCAUUGGAAUCUAUAUCAUCCACAAAAAUUGAGGAAAGUCAAACUAAAUUUUUUGCAGAUUUUUAUGAAUACAUUGAAAGUUUGAAUAAAGAAUCUCCAAAAUGUGUGGAAAUAAAAGAAUUAUGUGCUGAUUUAGCUAAUUUAUCACAAGUAGUUGUUGGUGAAAGUGACUCCAUAAAACUUGGAGAAUUUUUUGCCGGUAUUGCUGAACUUGAAGACCAAGCUAGUUCAAAGACAUACAUUGUUCCACUUUUAGCUUCAAUGGAAUCUAUCUCGAGAAUCACUUUUAAAGAAAGUGAUACACAAGUUAUUGGUGAAUUAAAUCAUGGAAUGGAUGAUAAUGCUACUUGUAGUAAUUAUGUAACCUUAUUACCUUUAUUUGAUUCAAUGGAACAAUUAUCAAAAAUAACCCAAAAUGAAGGUGAUGAUAAAGCAAGUAAAGUUGAUUCAUGUUUAAGCCAAGAAAAACAAAUUAAAAAUCUAGAAGGAAUAUUUAAUGACUAUAAGAUGAAUGCAUUUGAAAAACAAAAUCAAGAAAUUAAACCCAUUUUAAGCACUAUAGAAAACAUCACUGCAUCUCAAGUUAAAUCAAGUAUUACCUCUAUGAUUGGAGAAUUUUUCAAAUGCAUAAAUGAAAUGAAUGACAAACAAAACAAACACCGAGAACAUGAUCUUAAACUAGCUUCUUCCUCACUCGAAAAUGUCGUUUCUAGAAUGCAACAAAGUCUAACAAACUUCUCUUCAAUGGAUGUAGGAUAUAAUACAUUUAGUGGUCAAACAGAUCCAAGAUCUAUUGUAACUCCUCUUGCUCCACUUAGACAAAGAGUUCCAUGUCCUUCAUCUACCUCUUUAUGUUCCUGUACAAAUAGUGCUUUACUUAUGCCUCAACAACGAACAAGAGAAUUUGUUACUGAUGCUCAAUUUUAUACUAUGGAAGCAAAUACAGUUUCACAACAUAUUAAUGAUUUGGAAAAUCAAAUACAAACUAUGACUGAUCUUCAAAAACGCUUAAAAAUAUACUAUGAAUUUCUUAAACAAUAUCAAUCAUCUGCGUAA